CAGCAGCACAUUGCUAUGUAAACCCAUUCAUCGUGUCCACGAUUUUUAAGUUAAGUUAACCGAUGAUAUUUUUUAUUUAUUUGAUCUUCAACGUUACCAUGCAACACUGAUAGUUAAACUUGUGGCUGUAAAGCAGUGAUUUUCAUACUGCUGUCAAACGUCGCCGGUGAAUACAUGUGAUAAGAACGUCUUUGGUACAGAGUGUUUUGUAAAUACAGCUAUGUUGGCAAAAUAUUGCUUGUAAAGAACGCGUGGCGCUUGUGUACAGCACCAGCUGGCAAGACUAUUUAUCCAAAAUGAACGAAACACUAAUGUUAAUCUUACUUGCGCUGCUGAUGUUAGUUGGUAGUUACAUCGCGGGGUCAAUACCAUUAAUAAUGCCGAUGUCGGAAGAAAAACUACAGAUUGUUUCCGUACUCGGCGCAGGUUUGCUUGUUGGAACUGCGUUAGCUGUCAUCAUUCCGGAAGGAGUAAGAUCUCUCGACUCUGCGGCCACAAUUCACACCGCUCAAACCAGCAAAGAUAGUUCAGGUAUACACGUCGAACAUGCAGUAAAUCCUACCGAUAUUCACUCACUAAUUGCGGUUUCACUUGUUCUGGGAUUUGUGUUCAUGCUGUUAGUGGAUCAGUGCUCUUCAUCCAGGAGUAGAGAUCUUGAGAGUGGACUAAAAUCUGCAGAGAAAAACAUCACAGCAACGCUAGGACUCGUGGUACAUGCAGCAGCUGAUGGUAUUGCACUUGGUGCUGCUGCAACAACUGCACAUGCUGAUGUUGAAAUGAUAGUAUUUUUGGCAAUAAUGUUACACAAGGCACCAGCAGCAUUUGGUCUUGUUACUUUCCUCAUGCAUGAAGGCUUGGAAAGGAAUAGAAUUCGGAAGCAUCUCAUUGUUUUCUCUUUGUCAGCACCAGUCCUAGCAAUGGUUACUUAUUUUGGAAUUGGCCAGGAAGGGAAAGAAACACUGUCAUCUGUAAAUGCGACGGGUUUGGCAAUGUUGUUCAGUGCAGGCACUUUCCUCUAUGUGGCAACAGUUCAUGUCCUGCCUGAACUGAUGGUGAGGAGUAGAGCGGCUGAGGGAGGUGUAGUAGAACAACAUAAAGGUCUCAGGACAAUGGAACUGUUGGCACUGGUGGUCGGAGCUCUCCUGCCACUCUUUCUCACUCUCAGUCAUCAUCAUUAAUUACUCUGCAUAAAUUUCUACAAGUCAUUUCAGAUGGCCUGCCAGCAGCAGGAGAAGAACAGAGUGUGUGAUUUGUCACUCGAUGUUGUUAGGCACUGCCUUGGUAGCUGGUGCCGAAGUGAACGUUUUCAUUGCCACGUUAAAAUAAAUUAUACCACAUAAUGACGGUUGCUGUUGUGCCUGUGGUGGGGCACAACAUGAACUUUUUAUGUACCUGCAUAAGUGUGAAUUUGGACUGUAUGCCAUACAGUUGAAAAGUGGGUACGGGGCCUAAGCAAGAAGAUGAUGAAUUGAAAUGAAUGUUUGCAAAAUAAGUAAUUUUAUUUCUGAUUAUUCCCUUUUCAUGUGUACAGCAAAGCACAGUUAAUAAGCAAAAAAGUCUUUUUAAAUAUGUGUCUCAAACUAAAGAGAUAACACUGUUGUAGACUAAAAGCUGCAUGUUAUUGAGCCACCAGAUGAAGUUUUCUAUUUGUAAUGAUCUUCGUUACUCAAAAUGUUAUUUAAAGAUUGAGACAAAACUGGUGUUUAAGUUCAUGGGUAUUUUGUUAGUUUGAUUCAUAGUUGGGAUUUCAUUAGAAAAUUUCAGGUUCUGGGAAAAUUUAAUUAAACCUAGUGCAAACAGUGAUUCCAGCUGAUUAGUCUGAAGUAAAAAAAAAAAAUCGUUCUGUUUCAUAUUUUAUGAUUGUUGCUAAAUCCAGUUGGUUGUCAGUGACUUUCUUUCAGUUUUUUUCCCAGAAUUUUGUUAGCAUUAAUGUACAUUUUUAUGUGGGGAAUACCUUCAUUGUUGCAUGUGCAAUUACACCUGUAUCAUUGGAAGUCUGGCAACAAUCUUGGCACAUUGCUGAGUCUUAGUGUGUGAAACAUUCCUGUUAAAGCUUUUGGUUGCUUUUCACUUUAUUGUUCCUGGGUGAUGUAUCUUGUUUCAUUUCUACAAUCAGCCAAUGUGUAUAUUUUGUGGACAUACUCACCUUUGAGAUGAAGUUCUCGUGUGUGUGUGUGUGUGUGUGUGUGUGUGUGUGUGUGUGUGUUUUAUACUAUACGCAGUUAAAUGUAUUCUUUGUGCUUGCCCACUUUAUUUUAAAGGUGAACUGUGUUCUGCUUUUUUGGCAAUUGGUUUUUACAGCCCUGGUCUCCCAUUACUGUGAUAAUUAUGUAAUUUUGUGAUUUAUUUGAUAUAUUUACAAUUUUAGUUUUCAUAUUAUUGUGGUUACUAUAUUUUUGAAAAUAGCCAAUAUCUUUUUUCCAAUUUGUCAUACUUGGCACAACCACCAUCUGCCUUUCAAUGUUAUGUUGUAAUGAGCAGCAAGUGUACAUAGUAUUGUGAAAAUACUGUGCUGUACGUGGCUGUAAGAUAAAUUCUUACUGCAUUUAUUUCUCUCAAAAAAUGAUUUUUAAUUUGUUUUCUCUUAAUGGAAAACUGAUUAGCUUUGGAUACAUUCUGUCUUUCUCAAGGCCAAAUACAUAUGACUGAAUUAAAACACAUCAGCAGUCAUGAAGUUCUGUUUAUGUUGUAAUUUUUUUCUCCCAGGUAUGCAGUAUUGUAAGACAAAAUAUCGCAAAUUUCUGAAGAUUAUUUAAUGAUGAACAAACAACAUAGUUUUUUAUUUUGUAAUGAAAUCAGUUUGUGAAGUAGUAUCUUUGUGUGUUUUGCAGGAACAUUAAGUUUAUUACAAUAAUGUACAUGUCUUAAAUUUGAGUAAGAGGUGGCACAUCUCGUGUGACCCUGGCACUAUCAGUGCAAAUACUGUUCAACAUUGGUUGUCAUUUUGUGAAAAGUAUUGAGUGCACAUGCAGUGUGACAUGCGCACAAAUCAGCACAGCUAUCCUUAAAACAUACCACAGUUUAUAUGAAUGGUUGUUGGUUUGUAAGACACAGGGUGAACAGUAGUGAACUGUCCAGUAUUUUUUUCAUUUCAACUGUGUGUGUGUGUGUGUGUGUGUGUGUGUGUGUGUGUGUGUGUGUGUGUGUGUGUGUGUAAAACAUGUCAUUAUGUUAUUGUAUAUUUCGAGUUUUAAGUGGAAUGAUACAAAAAUCUGCAAUCACUAUUAUGAAAGGGGGCUAUACUGAUGUAUAUAAGGGUGCCAGCUCUGAACUUUGCUUAUACUGUGUUUUUGUGUCAGUCCUUUGUCACAGUUGUGUACUGAAAAAAAAUGUAUGUUAGAGCAAUUUUAAAUGGUUUUUAAAUACAUCUGUGUUCCAUUGUGAGUAUUUGACAGGUUGCCAUGUGUUUAUAUUCUUUCUUUAAAACUUUGUUAGUUGGUAUAAUUUGGCAUAUCAAUAAUUUAAUUUAUUGAUUAUUUUUCUGUUGUACUGUCAUGAAUAUAAAAUGAUGAAAAUUCCUUCAUUGCUUGAUAUGGUGUAACAUAUUUCAUUCUCUUAGAAAUAUCUCUUGCUUAAUGUUACUCAUUUAUUUAGGGAUAUUUCUGAAUGUUAUUGGUCCUUUUUGCCAUAAUCAAUGGUAAAUAGGUACUAAAGAUGUCAAAAAUACCAACAGUAGGGGUAACUGCUGUACUAAACAAUGUUUCAGUAUCUGACUUUUAGUAUUGUUCAGCUGAGUGUGUUUUCAUGCUUCAAGACAGAAAAGAGAAUUACAUAAAGUUAUUAGUUUGGUGUGUUAGUCGUCACUGAAUCUGAUGAGUAAGUGUGUUAGAUUACCUUCUGCAGCUGUUCCCAUAUGGUAUUUGUGGAAUCCUUUCAGUUUCUUUGCUGAUAUAUGUUGAAAUUUAUUAAAUAUUACAUUUUAUUUAUUUA